ACGACUGGGAGGGGUUGCUAUAAUGAACACCGCUGCCUAGUGUUUCCGGAUCAAGAUGGCUACGACCUUGUGCAGCAGGGCUGUGCAGAAAUUGGGCUGGCUGCCCUGCGCUCAGAGCGUGCGCCAUGGCUCCAAGUCUGUCACUCGACAUCGCAAGCCUGUGCACUUCCUCAAGCAGAAACUGAUGGCUUUGACGCAGUACGUUCCACCCCAGCCUGCUGUUUGUGAGAGGUGCAUCGCCGCCCCCAGCAAACAAGUCCAGGAGGAAAGCGGUCUAAUGAGGCUGCUGAAGAGAGAAGUGGAGGCGUUGUUCCGUGAUAAUAAAAUGGUCGCGGUGUUCCAAAAUAACGCUGUCACGGCCGAGGACAUGCUGCAACUCAAACACCGGCUGGUGAAACACGGCAUCGCAGUGAAGUUCUACCCAAACCAGGUGGCCAGGUCCUAUCUCUCAGACUCCAAGUACUCGAAUCUGCUGCCCCUCUUCAUCGGACAGAACGUGUUGCUGGUGAGCAGGGAGCCCAAAGUGAAGGAGAUGUUGCAAACGCUGAGGACCAUGCCCCAUAUCAUCCUGCUAGGGGCCUGCGUUGAAGACACUCUGCUGAGCAGACAGGGGGUCGUGAACUACUCCAAGCUGCCAUCGCUGGCCGUCAUCCAGGGGGAAGUGGUGGGCGGGCUCUCGCUAAUGACGUCGCAGACCGCCUCCCUCCUGCAGCGCCACCCCCUGCAGCUCUCCAGUCUGCUGCAGCAGUACAUGAAGCAGCAGAGCGAGGGGGAAGCUGGGGAGACAGAGGGAGCAGAUGCACGAUAGAGACAGGGAUGCAACUGAUUGACCACCAGCCUACUCGUCAAAUCCACUGUUUAUUGCGCUUGAGUGACCUGCCCUCUGGCAAUUCAGGGCUGGCAAUAAGGCUUCUGUUGCAUAGCAGUUUCACCCAUUUCCCAUUCUACUACCAGUUUAAUUAACCCCAGCGUGUAUAGGCAACACGCUCAGGUGUGUCAAGAAAUAACUCCUGCAACGCAUUUCGAAAUACAUCUCAAACCCAUACCCUUCCCUACAGGGGUAGCAGUAAGACUCCCAUUGUGUAACAGUUUGAUCCAUGCAUGGUUGUUAUAUAAGUUUAAUAAGACAUCUGAGCUUGUUGCCUAUAUGCUGAGGCUGAUCAAGCACAUAGCAAAACGAGGGAUGAAUCAAACUGCUGUGGGAUCUUGUUUCAGAUACUCAUUUUGUGCACAAGCAAAAUGACCGAAGUCCUAGCUGCACGCGAUGUUGUGAAAUCUGAAUUAAAACAAAACAUUAGCAAUAA